AUGAACUUGACAGAAAGACAAGUUAAUGAUUUCCGUAAUAACACUUUGAAUGAAAUAUUUAAAUGUGCAAAGGAAAUACGACUUGAAACUGAGGAGGAUGAGGAGAUUGAGGAGGAUGAUGAGGAUGAUGAGGAGGAUGGGGAGGAUCACAAGGAAGAUGAGGAGAUUGAGGAGGAUGAGGAAGAGGAGGAUGAUGAGGAUGAGGAGGAGGAUGGGGAGGGGCACAAGAAAGAUGAUGAGAUUGAGGAGGAUGAUGAUGAAAAGGAGGAGGAUGACAAGGUUGAGGAGGAGCACAAGGAAGAUGAUGAUGAUGGUGAUGACAAUGACAAGGAGGAGAACAAUGAAGAUGGUGAUGUGCAUGAUCAUAAUUAUGAUGAUAAUAAUGAUGAUGAUGGUGAUAACAAUGACAAGGAGGGUAGAAAGGGUGGUGAUACGCAUGAUCAUGACAAUGACAAAGAGGGUAGAAAAGGUGGUGAUGACGAGCAUGUAACUGAAUCUGAAAGGAAUGAAGUUCCGUCUGAAACUCCUGAAAAGCAAAGCACUCCUUCACCAAAGACCAAUGAGGCAAAUGAAGAAGAGGAUGGCAAGGAUGGAACAAGCCGAGGAGUUAAGUCUGGAACUGGUAACAAGCCGAGCACUCUUCUGCCAAAGGAAGUUGAAAUCGCUGAAGGUCAAACUGAUUAA